AUGAUAUCUGUCCUUAUCGAACAUCCCCAAGACGGCCUCAUCCUCUACGAAACAGGCGCAGGCAAGGAUUACCCAGAGCUUGACGCAGCUAUCAAGAAGACUGGCCACGACAUCAAGGACGUCAAGAGUGUUAUUAUUGGGCAUUUGCACUUGGAUCAUGCAGGUGGACUUGAGUACUUUCGAGGUACUGAUGUACCCAUUUACGUUCACGAGAUUGAACUCAAAAAUGCAUUUUACAGCGUCGCGAUCAAGGUAGAUAUUGGAGUCUAUCUACCAACAUAUCUCCAUUUCGACCUAAACUGGAAACCUCUCUACGGCGACAGCGUCCUCAUCGCGCGCGGCAUCACACUACACUUAUGCCCCGGCCACACUCCGGGACUCUGCAUCAUGCAAGUCAACUUGAAAGAAAGUGGUACCUGGAUCUUUACCUCGGAUCAGUACAUCGUGCAGGAGAACUAUGAUAACCUUAGCACGCAGGGUUGGUUGACGAGAGAUCAUGCUGCUUGGUCCCAGUCUAAUCAGUUGGUGCAUAUGUUGCAGAAGGCGACGGGGGCGAAAGUCAUUCUUGGGCAUGAUCGAAAUGUUUUGAUGAGGCAUAAACUUGCUCCGGAGUACUAUGAGUAG